AUGGUUGUAGGCCUUGAAGACUAGAACUAAGAGAAAAGAGGGAGGGGUAAGAUGAUUGCUUCCCAGAUCCCAAACGUGCGGAGGGGCUAACAAGAUGUAUAUGUAUAUCAAUCCCUCAGGCAAAUGGCUUUGGGUCGAUUCAGAAAAUCCAACGUCUCUAACAAAGUACGGGGAAGCAGGGGGAUGCACGAUCUUUAGUAGGCCCAGCGUAGACGCAUGUUCGUUCUGUCUGGGCCUCUGGAGCGCUAUCCAGGUCCGCCCGUUCGAGGGAACAGGUUACUUCACAUCACUGGAGUCGGGGCCCCGCAAAUCAUCAGGGUCUGCGACGAUUGCGGCAUUGCGCUUAAGAAUCUUCGGCCACGGCGUACGUCGGCCUCCUAACGACAAGUCUCCAAAAAAACUCAAUCAUGUGCCCCUCGGAGCCCCAGUUGGAUGCCGAACUAAGAAACCUCAGACCAGCCAAACUAGCAAAAGUCGCUCUGCGGGGGCAUGGGCAUUGGGAUUUGGGGAGGGUUUUGCGGGUGGUUGCCCCUCCGUAUUAGAAGUUUGGCUCCUUUAGGGUCACGCCCCGGAUUAACGGAAUCGGUGCCAUCCCGAGCGCCGCAAAGCCUCCCCAAUAAUCCACCCCAACUAGACAAAUCCCCCAAACUCCCCACACAA